GCCUCUUAGAAAGAGAUCAGCCUCCCUGCGGCUUUCCUAGAACAGACCACUACAAGCAGAAAACAGAGCGCAAACAGACUCCUAACGAAGAUCAAUCUGAGCGGUCCAGCCCAGCCUUCACCUGAACAUCAGCGGAGCCCUGGAGUUGCUUUGGGACGCUACACUAAAGGCCUCAGGUCACAAACACUGUAAAAACUUUUCCACUUGAAAGAGAAGAUGAUAAAGAGGAUGGUGUUCUUGAUGAUGUUGUGCUUUAGUUUCGGCUGGUUCAUGUCACACACAGAAGGCAUGUCUGCUGGAUCUCAUUUCUGCUCAUUCAAUGGUUCAACUGGCUAUUUCCUCUGCCUGGGCAACAAGGUCCAUGAGAUACCAAGAUGUAUACCGGAAAAUACUACAACUGUGGAGAUCAAACUGACUCAGAUCAGCGUGUUUCGCCAAGCAGCCCUGUCUGAACUACAUGAGCUGAAGAGAAUAGUGGUGUCCGAGAAUGGUGCUCUUGAGCGAAUUGAAGCCUUCGCCUUCUCCAACCUGACAGAGCUACAAGAAAUAACUAUUACAAAAUCCAAAAAUCUUGUGAUGCACAAAGAUGCCUUCUGGAGACUUCCAAAACUACAGUAUCUGACUAUAUCAAACACUGGUCUUAAAGUCUUGCCUGAUUUCUCCAAGAUCAACUCUGCUGCUCUUGAAUUUCUAUUUGACCUACAAGAUAACAUGUACAUAGAAAGGAUUCCUAGUAACGCUUUCCUCGGACUGACCAGUGCCACCAUAACUGAGUUGAGAUUAACAAAGAAUGGGAUCCGCAAGAUAGACAGCUAUGCAUUCAAUGGUACCAAAAUUGAAAAACUCUUUCUCAUGGGAAACCAGCAGCUGAGUCAUAUCCACACAUACGCCUUUAUAGGAGCUGAAGGCCCCAUCGUUCUGGACAUCUCACGUACUGCUGUCCACACUCUGCCAGAAAGCAUGCUGAGGACUCUUAAGCUUCUGACGGCCAUCUCUGUCCACUCACUAAGAAAGCUUCCCAGUCUGGAGCUGUUUACUGAGCUCAUGCAGGCCAACCUGACCUACCCCAGCCACUGCUGUGCCUUCAAAAACUUCAAGAAGCACAAGUCUGUGAAGAAUCAAAUGUGUAACGAUUCUGGUGCUCUUCUCUUGGAGCCAUACUUUUUUGAAGACCACUGUAAGGAUGUGAUAGAAAUGACCUGCUACCCCACACCAGAUGCAUUCAACCCCUGCGAGGACAUCAUGGGUUUUACAUUCCUCCGUGUUCUGAUCUGGUUCAUCAGCAUAUUGGCCAUUGUGGGCAACUGCACUGUCCUCCUGGUACUGCUUACGAGUCGCUACAAACUGACUGUUCCCAGGUUUUUAAUGUGCCACCUGGCUUUUGCAGACCUUUGCAUGGGCAUUUACCUGUUGAUCAUUGCUGGCAAAGACAUUCAGACACAGACCCACUACUAUAACUAUGGCAUCGACUGGCAGACGGGAGCUGGGUGCCAUGCGGCAGGCUUCCUCACGGUUUUCUCCAGCGAGCUGUCUGUUUAUACUCUCACUGCCAUUACCCUGGAGCGCUGGCACACCAUCACUUAUGCCAUGCAGCGGGAACGCCAGCUGCGCCUGUGCCAUGCCUGCGCAAUAAUGGCGGCUGGGUGGCUUUUUGCCCUGGUGAUUGCUCUGAUGCCAAUUUUGGGAGUGAGCAGCUACAGCAAGACCAGCAUCUGCCUCCCAAUGGAGGUAGAAGCCGCGACUUCACAAGGUUACGUAGUGCUGUUGCUCCUACUCAACGUAGCUGCUUUUCUAAUCGUAUGUGUUUGUUAUAUGCGCAUCUACCUGACCGUUCGCAAUCGCGCCUUCGUUCCUGCCAAUGCAGAUAUGCGUAUAGCAAAGCGAAUGGCUGUGCUCAUCUUCACCGACUUCCUGUGCAUGGCUCCCAUCUCGUUUUUCGCCAUCUCAGCAGCCUUGAAGCUACCGCUGAUCACCGUCUCUCACGCCAAAGUCUUGCUGGUGCUUUUUUACCCAAUAAAUUCCUGCUCGAACCCAUUUCUUUACGCCUUCUUCACCCAAACCUUCAAGAGGGACUUCUUCAUUCUGACUAGCUACUUCGGCUGCUUUAAAACACGUGCGCACGUUUACCGCACAGAGAUCUCUUCGGGGCAAAACGGAGCCAUGGUGCCUUCACCAAAGACUAGUGAUGAAACACUGUAUUCCCUGGGUCACAUCGCCCAUAUGCACUGACCACUAACUCAGUCCGCCAAAAUAUGCAACCCAGUCUCAUGACGAAAACAUAACUGUGGGAACGUGUUUGCGAGAUGCAAAAUACGUGCCAAUAAGUACAUAUCACAGCAGUUUUAGAAAUGUCCACCAAGUGGCAUUAAAAGAGUGUUUAAUGGAACAAUUGAACGUACAUAUUGUACGUUUUAUGUGAUGUUGGUUUUGUACGCGUCACCGCAGUUCUGAGAUGAAAUGUCCUUUGAGUUGCUCUAUUAUGCUAAUGCUCCCUGACAUAUUAAAAUAACGUACCAUGUGCAUUACACCUAAACCUACUCAAUAGUACAAAAGCGAAUGUGACAGUCGCAACCUUGCCGUUUUAGCUUGUUUUUCGCUCUUCCAUCUUUCAGCGCAAGUUUUUCAGAAGAUUCGUACCUAAGGAUUCCACAUCCCAAGUCAAAUUCUGCACCGGCUGAGCUUCCAAGCAAGCUUGUUAUGUCUGGAAAGCGAAACAUGGAGCUGUGUACGAAAACAAUUACAAGUGCUUGCUGUUUUACCACCUCUAGUGUUCAUCUCUGUUGGAAACUGCAGUGAAAUGUAGCUAUUGGUUCGUAUUUUGCGUCUCACGAACACGUUCCCACAGGUACAUUUUUGUCAUGAGAUCAGGUAGAAAAUAUGCUGCUUGGAGGCUGAAAUACGGAUAAAUAAGGAAAGACGUGGAAUCUGGAUGUGAAAUUUUGGAAGGUUUUUACGCCGUGAAAUAGGGUAAAGGCAUCUUAUAUUGACUUUGGGUACUUAUAUCACAUGACCUUUCCGGUUAAAUGAUUCAGAAUGUCUUUAGAAGUACGUACUCCAUUCACAAGAUGCUGCUUGAUUGACCUUUGACAUAUCCUGUAUGUAUUAGUGUACAAAAAUUGAGAUUAGGUGAUAUCUUUGGUAUGAAUAAUGUAGAUCUCUACAUCUUUAAACAAGCAUGCAGCAAUACAUAUUGUCAAAUUAAUUAAUACUUCUAAUUAAGUGUUCUUGUGAAAUGGUUGUUAAAUUUAAAGGGAUUAUACAUCCAAUUUUUUUCCUUUCUGCAGAAAAGAUAAUGCUUUGAUUUUUUUUUCUCUCUCAUACAGUAAAAGUCAGUGUUGUUUUGGAUCACAUUAACUUUCUGAAACAUAUGAGUAACAUUUAUGAUCCAUGGAAGAAAGAUAGUCAUACAAAUUAGGAACAAAUUAGGAUAAAUUUUGACAGAUUUUUUUUUUUAACUGCCCCAUUAAAGCUUGCUGACACUGGUGGCAAUGGUCACCAUGCAAUAAAUGCAAUAAAUUAAUUAAUUAAUAAUUAAUUAAAUGAAUUAA